AUGCCCUCCACACUUUCCAGUUAUGGAAGGAAAUUCGAAGAUUAUAUGGUACAGGUAAGCAGUUCCCACAGCCCUUAUUGAAGUAUUAAUGGAGAAAUGUUUAGUCUUUCUACAACUACGGGUUAUUUAUCGCGAAACAUCAAUGGUGGUUCUUGAUAGGACCCCUUGUCGCUACUGUUCUCUGCAUUCCGGGUCUUUUCUUCCUUCAGAUCAAUUUGGAUCUCUAUCGUCUUUUUGUGCCUCUUGAUGCGCCGGUACGUUACUUUGACUUAUGAAGCUUGAUCUUUGAGGCUCUCGUUGAAAAUGUAAGAGAAAACUCCAAAAAGGCCCUCUGAUUCCAUUCGAUAAAGAAAUCAUUUUAAAAAACAAGGGUAGAGUGCCUAAAAAUUUGGAAAACUGAUUUAUUUAAUCUCACAUUUUCCAGGUGCGGUACGAGUUUGAAAGAACUCAGGAGUUCAACAGACUUCCGGCAGGAAACCUAGAUGCGAUCAGAGCUCGUUUCCGAAGAGACUUCGAAUGUGUCGAGGAAGAUUGCGGCUUCCCGGCCGACGUCGAAAUGGAUCGACUGAAACGAAACCUCUUGCUGCUGCAAGAAGACAUGGUCGAGAACAACUCAACUCUCAGAGCUAAAAGAGACGCCAAGAAAAUGGACGAUCAGAAGCAGAUGGUUGCCAAAAGGAAGCUGAGUGAGUUGAACGCCCAAAACGGAACAAAAUUUUAAGUAUUUUCAAAGUUCUCUCUGUCAUUUUGUUCCAACAUUUUAAUUUACAUUUAAUAUGACGUUUCUGAAAAAUACCGAAAAUUCUCGGCCGAUGAAAGAGUGAUAUUUUUCACGGAGAACUAACAUUGACCCAUAUUGCGAGAAAAAUAACGCGGUCAGUCUUUCGGCCAACGACGUUUGGACUGAUGGAUUUUGAACGUCAUACCAAUCCAUUUUUGAUUGCACUACUCUCUCAGAUUGGGAGAAAGAUCCACAAAAGAUUUUAGGACUUAUCAUUAAGUAGUAAGAAAAGAUUAACACAACUUUGAAAGCAACUUUCCGGGUAUCUUGUAUGAUAUUUAGAUUUUUUUCUACCAUCUUAGAAAUAAAUUUAAAGUCAGAAAUAUGAAAAAGAUUAAGGACAUUUUAUUUGAGACUGCAAACUUUGAAAAAAAAUCAAAUGACAUCUUGUGACCUUCUUUUUUUCAAAUGAUUCUUUCUUUAAGAAAAAAACGAACUUUCAUUAAAAAUUUUUUUCCUCAAACUGAGUUUGAAAACAAAAAUUUUGCAGUUCCUGCCAAACAAGACAUCUUGCGUUUCUAUGUCGUCCACAAGACAUUUGAAAAUCUGUUGCAAUCGAAGUAUUUGGGACCGCUUUUCCAGUACACAAACGAGGUCCUAAAAUGAAAGUUUCUCCUCUCAAAAUCGAAAUUCAGAUGAUGAAAGUCACACACGAACAUAAUGGUCAAACUUAUGGACUGGAAGAUUUUUGCGCCAAGGAACCGGGACAGACGGUUAGAGCUUUUCAAUUUUCAAAGGAAAAACGAUUUGAAGGAAAAGUUCAUUGGUUGAUUCAAAUUUUUUUUUUGAAACUGUUCAUAGUUUCACAGGAUUUCAUCUAAAUUUGAUUUUCCAGGAAUGUACAAAUACUCUGAAUCUUUGGAUCAAGCACGCCGAUGUUCUAUUCAAAGACGGCAAAAUAAAAGCGAACCCCAAUUUGCAACUUUCUUACCCAGUCCUUUACCUUUUCAAUCGACCCAAGGACAUUGGAAACGUUAGUGAACUCAAAAUUUUGAUUUGUUAUCGAUCAAUUAAGGUCAUUUAUGGAGUCGAUGUUAAAGGAGAGAAAAACGAGAUUCAAGGCGCAAGAGUUUUAACGAUCCACUGGUAAGGUUAAUUUGGAGAUUCAUUAGCCUUAUUUGAUAUUAAGGUUCGUCAACUAUCCAGCAACCUCAGAAAACAACGCCGCUUAUUUCGAAUACCGACAGUCUUUAAACUCUUUUUGGGACAAAAUUUCUGAAAACAGCGAUUUGCAGUUCAUUCCUCACAAGUGAGUUUUCAAGACUUGCUCAGAUGAAUUCCUAUUUUUCCAGUGACAAAGCCAUGGACGACGAAAUGCUGAAAAUCAUCGAGACCACAGUUCCUUUUGCGGUUCCUGCUACCAUUAUGCUCAUGAUUUUUGUCGUGUUUUCGAAUUGGAGUACUCUCCGACACAAGUAAGCAAAAAACUGGUUUUUCUUUCACUCGAUCGUUUUUUGAGAUCUAAGCCUGUGGAAAUGUACCUUGGGGUUUGGUGCAUCAUUUUCGCUUUGAUCAUCACUUUCGGAAUAUUUUUCGCUUGUGGAGCCAAGUUCAACCCAGUCACCUCGACCAUGCCUUUCCUCAUUCUGGCCAUAGGUGAGUAUUCGUUGAAUUGACUAGAAAAAGCAAUUUUUUUUGAUUUUUCACAGUCCCCUAUAUUAGUUAUUGAAAAAUAGCCGGAUGACAUUUUGGCUGAAUAUUCUGAAGUCAUGGGAAGUAAAAGCUUCUGAGAUUAAAAGAAAAUCUGAACAAUGUUCCAGAAAAUGUAAGAAGGGUAUGAUCACCAACAGAUAACUCUGGAAAUCGGUUUUUUUUUUUAAAUAUUUCAGAUCUUUUCCAGAUCUAUUGAUCUUUAUGAAAUUAAACCAUCUGAAACACUUUGAUUCAAAAUAACCUGUGAGAUGACUAUCUUAGGAGUGGACGACGACUUCUUGAUGGUGGCGGCGUGGCGCGAGUGCGACAGGAGGAUAUCACCAGCUCAGAGACUGGCGCUAGUUAUGGGAGACGCGGGAGCCUCGAUUACGGUCACCUCCUUCACCAACUUCUUCUGCUUCCUACUUGGAUGGCUGAUGUGCUCGACGCCGGCUGUUGCCGAAUUCUGCAUCAUCACUUCCGUCGGAGUCAUUUUUGACUACAUCAUGCAGGUAUUCUUUAAUCUGAGGAAAAAGAUGGUUUUCAUGAUUUCGCUUUUGUUUUCUAAAGUUAAAGUAAUCGUUUUUUUAUUAAGAAUCUUCAUUGAGCAGGAUAGUCCGAUUAUAUAAGUAUUAUAUUUCCAAUUAAUUUGAAAGAAGACUAGCUCAAAAAAGCGACCUCAAACUUGGUGCAUUGCUAGAUUUUCUGCGCCGUGUCUGCAGCCUUCAAUUUUUCUUUUACCGUAAACUGGCCUUUUUUCAAGAUUUUUUUUCGGGUCGCUAGUUUUUCCACUUGUCUUGUCUCGAAUUCAAAAAAUUUGCAGAUUACUUUCUUCGCGGCCGUGUUGAAGUUCUCCGGCGAUCGUGAAGAAACAGGUGGCCUGGCUUCAUGUUGUUACAAGAAAAACGACGACCUUCCCCGUCCGCCAGUAGAACCCCUCCCAGAAGUGAAAAUUGACUGCCAGCAUCAUGGAAAGAGUUCCAGCCGUAUGUGAAACACAUUUUCUAACUAGCCCUGGAAAAUUCCGUUUCAUCAAGAUUGCAAGAAUUUCAAAUUUUCAGUUCCAUACAUGCACAAAUGGAUGCGCGACAAGCUCGCACCGUUCGUUCUGCGCAAAGAAAUUCGACUCAUUGGAUUUGCCUUGUUCCCAAUUUACACAGCCUUUGCUCUUUACGGUUGUUGCAUGCUCAGGGUGAGCAUUCUGGAAUUUCGACCAUGGUUUUUUGCUCAUUUCAGGUCGAUAUCAGUCCAGUGAAAUACAUUCGAGAUAACUCGCCCAUUCAGACUUUUGUUGCAUUAGCCGGUAGAAGCUGAGUUCAUUUCAAACUUAUGAAAGCCUUUUUUAGACAAGUACAUCUGGGCCGACAAUGUGAUGCCGACCUUCCACGUUAUGAAUCCGCCAGAUUUCCGCGAUGCAGGAAAUAGAGCGAAAUUCAACGAAUUGGUUUUCCGAUUGGAGCACACUAACUUUUCUAUUGGACGCGUUAGUAUUUUUCUAUUUUCUAUUUAAAACUGAGUAUGCAAUUUCUAGGUAUCCACCAACUUCUGGGUUUGGCAAUACCAACAAUACUUGAACGAUUUUCCAAAUAUUGAUUAUCGCACUGAUUUCUACGACCGAAAAAAUCUGCGCGAUUUCUUCGCUCAACUUGAUUAUAAUCAAUACAGAGGUGCGACUUUGAUGAUUUUUGUAGGUAAGACUCCAUUUCAGACAAAGUGAAAAUCCUGGAUAAUGCGACAAAUGGCGAGCCUUGCGUUGCCGCGUUCACUUUCCAAACCUCCUUCUAUGGACUUGACAGUUGGGACAAGCGACAAGGUUAGAUCAUAUGAUUGUUUCUUGAUGAACGACAUGUUUUCAGCCGAGCUUUUCAAUUGGAGAGAUAUUUUGAAGGAAUAUCCAGAGUACGAUAUGUUCCUCUCUGGAAUCUUCAGGUUAUUUUUAAUUUCAAAAAAAUUUAAGACAAAAAGUUAGAAGCCUUCUUGAGAUGGUUUCUUACUACGCCUCCAUUUUUCAUUACUUGUGGUUUUGUAAGAAUGACAGUUUGAAACGGGAACUUUUCGGAGAUGUACUCUUAAAUUGCUUUAUUUGACAACAAUGGGUUUUUUUUCUCAUUUUAGCUUCAGCCAGUGAUGCGUCAAGAACGACAAAUAUCCUCCUUUUUUCACUGAAAUGAAAUUAGAAAUGUUCUCAAGCCACAUUAUACGGCCAAGAAACGGAUGACCUAAAAUUUGUUCUUUAAUUUGAUUAGUAGGAUCCAGAAUACCAUUCCACAGGGUGUCAUCAAUCCUUCUAAUCCGAAUUAAAAUGAGAGCUUUGAAAAGUUCCUUCCUCUUACAGUCCCUUCCUGAUCGACCAAAGACACACAAUUGCCCCGUCUUCCAUGCAAACAAUCGGAUCAGCUUUGGCAAUGAUGGCCUUGAUUUCAUUCUUCUUCCUGCCGGACGUGGUGAAUAUUUUCUGGAUGAUCUUUCUUAUAGAAAAAAUUUUGCAGCAAUCCGUUUUCCUCAUGACCUGGUCUCUUUUGUCAAUUUCGAUGGGAGUUUGCGGAGGAUUGGCUUUAUUGGGUUCAGACUUGGAUUCUGUCAGGUUUAACCACCUUGAAAACAGACAUAUAACUUAUUUUUAUCAGUAUGGGUUGCAUUGUUAUGGCUAUCGGACUUGCCGUUGACUACUCCGUUCACAUCUGCUACCGGUACCACCGUUCUGAAUACCUCAAAGCAUCAGAAAAGGUUUCCUGAUCUCCCGUGUUGAAUUUCUCCGUGCCCUGAUCAUUUCGAAUUCUCAACUAAAAAAACUGAACUUGAGGUGACCGACACCCUUGCUUCUGUUGGCUGGCCAAUUACCCAAGCAGUUUUAUCGACAAUGUUUGGCUUGGCCGUAACUUCAUUUGUGCCGGCCUACCUUGUUCGCGUUUUCUUCCAAACCGUGUACCUCGUUAACAUCAUUGGUCGGUUUUCUUAAAUGACAAAAAAACUGAAAAUAUGGGUUCUACUCCUAUUAUUUGAUAGCAUGAGAUGUUUCAAAAAUAAGAAAUUUAGGACAGAUUUUGAUUUUUUCUUCAAUAAAAAAGUUGAUUUAGGAAUUUUUGAAGUAACUUUUUUUGAAUAAUAGAAUAUAUCGUGCGUUUCAAAAUAAGUUCAUUGGAUGCUAAUUUGGGUAUUAAGUAAGCGCAAAAACCUACGUCGGAAUAAACGGAGGAACCAUCCUCAUAAUCAAAGCUGAAGAUUAAAGAUACUCCGGCAGCUCUGAAAACAACUCUUUUGCUUAGAAUAAAAUUAUUGGAGGACUUUUCAAUCGAUUUCGUAAAUAAACUGGAUCUAUCGGAUUUCUUGCAGGCCUGCUCCAUGCGUUAGUGUGGCUGCCACAGUUGAUCUCGGCCUUGGAUCCAUGUGAACGUGUUCCGCUGCGAAUCCGUCACCAAUUGAUGCAGAAAAAACCCAUCACUUCACUUCAUUAG